CUUCCACUAGAGCGGAGCAAUGCCCGUAGCCCCUUACGGAAACGUCGCCGCUAACGUGCGCAGCGACAAAGACAGCGAGCCCGAAACCUAUGGGGAAGGAAUAAAAAAAGAAAUUCAGUAUCGUCGCACUCUGCACUUAAGACCAUCGUUUUCGCUGCCCUGGGGCCCCGUUAACGACACCGAAAUUUGACGGCGACUAGGACGGAUUUUGAUUCAGAUCAGAGCCAUUGCAGUCGUUGAAGAAGACCGUGGCGACUGGCAGAUUUUCCGUUGGACGAUCUGUAGGCUAGCGUAUAGCGAGGGAGCCGCCAUGGCAGUCGGAUCAUUGAGCCUCCACAUCGGGAUAUGAAGAGGAUCUGCAUGUGUCCCGAAUUAUCAAGAAAACCCAGCAUUUGUCGUUGAUCCGCACCGGAUCGACACUUUCAACAUCUGUUCUCACCUUGCUUCAUCUGUGUGAAAGUGAUUCAGCAUCCAGAAAGAAAUCGCUAUUGGUUUUAAUCGGGGGGCCACAGGGAGAGGCCAGAUUCAUGACUAUUUUAGUUGGAGACGUGUCUUCUAAGGCCCGCUGAAAGACAAUCUGGAAUAUAAGGAAUAAAUGAUGCUGUGAUUGGCCGCUGGUGGGAAAGAAAAAGGUAGUUUAUUAGGUGAUACGAACUAGAGUAAAGGUUCGUGGGAUAAAGGGAUCGCUUUCUGCCUGUCCUGUGAAUUAUAGUGUUAUUCAUUUACUGUCAUCCUUUUUGGAUGAGAAGGUUCGGUGAAUCGAUCAGCCCUGCCGUUUAGCAAGUCACAGUCUCCCGAGUCGAGAGAGAAGCAAAGGGAUUGGAUCAUGUCGGGUCGGCCCAGGACCACAUCCUUCGCGGAGAGCUGCAAACCAGUGCCGCAGCCUUCGGCUUUCGGCAGCAUGAAAGUCAGCAGGGACAAAGAUGGCAGCAAGGUAACAACAGUCGUGGCCACUCCGGGUCAAGGCCCCGACCGGCCACAGGAGGUGAGCUACACGGACACUAAGGUCAUCGGCAAUGGCUCGUUCGGCGUUGUCUACCAGGCUAAACUCUGCGACUCUGGAGAGCUGGUGGCCAUCAAGAAAGUCCUGCAAGACAAGAGGUUUAAGAACCGUGAGCUGCAGAUCAUGAGGAAGUUGGAUCACUGCAACAUAGUCCGCCUGCGCUACUUCUUCUACUCCAGUGGAGACAAGAAAGAUGAGGUGUAUCUGAAUUUGGUUCUGGAUUAUGUUCCUGAGACUGUCUACAGAGUGGCCAGACACUACAGCCGAGCCAAACAAACUCUGCCCAUGGUUUAUGUCAAGUUGUACAUGUACCAGCUGUUCAGGAGCCUGGCCUACAUCCACUCGUUUGGGAUCUGUCAUCGAGACAUCAAGCCCCAGAAUCUGCUGCUGGAUCCAGAGACCGCCGUUCUCAAGCUCUGCGACUUCGGCAGUGCCAAGCAGCUGGUCCGCGGGGAGCCUAAUGUGUCCUACAUCUGCUCUCGCUACUAUCGAGCCCCUGAGCUCAUCUUUGGUGCAACUGACUACACUUCCAGCAUAGAUGUGUGGUCAGCUGGCUGCGUGCUGGCAGAGCUUUUGCUCGGACAGCCGAUCUUCCCCGGUGACAGUGGAGUGGAUCAGUUGGUUGAGAUUAUCAAGGUUCUCGGCACCCCAACCCGGGAGCAGAUCCGUGAGAUGAACCCCAACUACACUGAGUUCAAAUUUCCCCAGAUCAAGGCACACCCUUGGACUAAGGUGUUCCGGCCGCGUACGCCUCCAGAGGCCAUCGCUCUGUGCUCUCGUCUGCUGGAGUACACGCCCACGGCCCGCCUCACCCCUCUAGAGGCCUGCGCACACUCUUUCUUUGACGAGCUGCGUGACCCCAAUGUCAAACUGCCCAACGGGAGAGAGAAGCCUUCACUUUUCAAUUUCACCACCCAGGAGUUAUCCAGUAAUCCCUCUUUGGCCUCCAUACUCAUCCCUGCCCACGCCCGCAGCCAGGGUGCUGCCUCCACCCCAACCAACGCCUCUGCCACCACAGAUGGCAGCAGCACAGAGCGAGGUCCCAGCACCACCACCGCCUCUGCCUCGGCCUCCAACUCCACCUCCUGAGCCCACAGACCACCUGCCCUGCCCCGGUCUCAGCCCCAGCCCAUGGCCUCUCCAUUGCUCCGGCCAGGGGGUGAGCUCUGCUCAGCUCUGCUCUGCCCUGCUCUCCUCCCUGACGGCAACGGAGCGAUGCUGACGCAGUCUGGGUUCAACAGCUAGCCAACAGCCCCAUGUCACGGCCACAAACCAAGCAUCCCUUCUCUGCCUCUUUAAAUCCCCAACUGGCCCCUCUUCCAGCUGUUUGAACUCUACUCCAUCCUCCGUCAGAGACAUCUCUCCAUGCCCUUUCAACAGGGGAAGCGAAGCGCAGGGCCAGAGGUGUUGUCGACUGUACUAUUGAUAAAAGUACACUGUACAUGCAUACACAAUGCUAGCCUGCUAAUGUUUGUAAGAGGACAAUCUGUAGAAAAAGUCCUAAGCUGUUUUCCCUUGGCCCUCCCCCUAUCUGUCCUUCCCCCUCUGUCUCCAUAAUGUUCCAUUUUUCUGCAACUUCAUCUUUGACCUCUGACCUCCCCCUCUCCUCCCCACCCCCGGCUCCUCCUGUAGUGCAUGGCCUGAGUAUGGUUAGGAUCACCCGGGGGUCACCCCGCUCCUCUCACUUCUCACCUCCACUUCCGCAGACAAGGCAUGAGGCUCACGCACGGGUAUACACUCAUACACACUCAUAACCACACACACACGCACAUCCUCACACACAUGGAUGCAUGAUGAUCCUGAUGUGGAAAGAAGUAGUCCACUUGUGGACAGGGGAGGGGGGUGGGUAUCGUUUGGACAGGUUGUGUUUUGUUUAUUUGCCUGGGGUUGUUUUUAAAUGGUUAGCAAGGUGUUUUACUCGUUCUUGUUUUUAAUUUUUUGUUUUGUACUCCUGGGCAGAUGUUUUUGGAUUGCCAUGUGCGAUGGAUGUGACAUGUAUCUGGUCCUGUGUGCUUGUAUAAUAUAUACAUACAAUACAAAACAAACAUGCAUACAUACACAGUUUAUAUAUUACUUUUCCUUAUGUAUAAAAAGUAUAUAUAGAUAUAUGUAUAUUAACUACAAUGGUUCAGAAAUCAUUUAUGGUGAGCUCAUAUCUGGCAGAGCAGUGGCAAUAUUUGCUGCUGCCUAAAGACAAUAGUUUUAGAUCAGGUGGUGUUUUUUUUUUUUUUUUUCUUAUUGUUUUGUUUGUAUGUUUUUCUGUUUUUUUUGGGGGGGGGGGCUGGAGUGUUAUUAGAUUCCAGCAGUCACUUCCCUGUUCUCCUGUGUUGUCUGUAUUAAGGCUGUAGAUGGAUUUAGGGCAUUGCUCUAUUCCCUGUCUUUGUACCUGUCUGUAACAGUGUUUCUGUGGCAGUGCAGUGUCCAGACAAACAUCUUCCUCUGUCUAGCUCUUUCUCCCUCUCUCUCGCUCUCUCUCUCUGUCUCUGUGAAGAAUUCAAGAUGUUUCUUAAAACAAUCUUCUUCCCUCGACUCCUUGAGAAGUCCCGGCGGUGGUCUCUGGCUUCCUGUCGGCGGACCGUCUCACGUGUUGUGACCACUGACUGAAGUGUUAGCCUAGUGUUUUUUCUCCUCCACCUGCCGCACAUAGAGCCACUUGGUACAGUCUGUGGAAGCGUCUUAUUUACAGAGAAUAUUCACUACAUUUUAAAAUGAAAAUAAAAGAAAAGAAAAAGCAGGAUUUGUAUAUACAGUAUAAAUGCUCCUCACCAAAAUUCUGACUUGUAUGACUUGUAUGUUGUUUUUUUUAUGUUAUGUUAUUUUUUUCCAUGUUGUGUUCAAGGUAUGUAUAUAUGCAGACCCAUGUACUGUUUAUGAGCAAAAACAAAGAUGACAAAGGGUAGAGAAAGAAAUGAAAAAGAUUUAAAAAAAAAAAAACAAAAAACAGAAUCAGGGCAAAACUGAUGUUGUUUAUGGAUAUUGUAGAUGAUGAUGAUCAGCUUUAUCCAGCCAUAUGUUCAAUCUUACCUGUACAGUACAGUAGAUGACAGCUGUAUUAUUGUAACAAGAACUAGUCAUGUAUAGUGUAACUAUAGUUUGGAGUGCCUUUGCUUUCAUACACCUUCGCCUUGUUUCCCUCACCUUCACCCAGCCCCUGCCAUCACCCCCCACCCAACCCCAACCUCCGUUAUUGUGACUCUCCCUUUGGUGCUGUUGAAUGUCCUGCUAUUCUGCAACACACUCACACGUGCACACACGAACACAGACACACACCCUUCCAUUUUUCAGGCCCCUCCACACUUACCUCUUUCCCCUUUUCAUUGCCCACAUAAUGUAAUAUACAGACAUAGUUAAUUGUAAGGAUAUUUUCCUUAACCGAAGAUACAGUAGACAAGUGUUUAUUUUAGAUGUUUUAUCUUGGACACACAUGCUCGCACACACGUAUGCCACAGUCCUGGCAUGGACUCCGGGGCAUGAAGUGGGUAGGGGAGGCUGGGGGUGUUGUGGACGGCAGCAGGGGUUCAGAAGGCCUCAUAUACUGUAUAUAUACAGUACAGUACAGUUUCUGUAUUCCUCACAGUGUUGGUUCUGUUACCAAAGCCAGACUAAGUUGUAGUUGUGAUGAGCCAUCCUCAGAUGCAGUCAUGUGUUCUGUCUCUUCUUCUCUCUCUGGAUAUUUUGUUGUUUCUCUGUCCUCUUGCUUGUUCUCCUCCCUUUCUGCAUAAAUUGAAAGGGAGGAGGGGGGGGGGAUUCAGUAGCACCUAAAGGGGUCGAGUCAUGUAGCCUCUCCUGUCUCCUGCUUGCUGUAAUUUUGCAUUCAUGAACUUGUUGCUACCACCACACAGUUUGACCACCUCACCCUACCCCUAACUCCAGUUCAAUUAAAAAUACCACAAAGGUUACCAAAAAAAGAAGACAAGCAAGUAUAUAUGCUAGUAUAAUAUAUUUCACUAGCAUAUACACUAGUUUAAUAUGCUAACUGGGCUUAACUGGGGGUUACGGAGAAGAAAAAUCAUGGAAAAUACUACAAAAAAUCCUGUAUAACAGUACUACUACUUGAAUGCCUCUGUUUGUGACUGAUAAUUUUUAUUUCAUUUGUUUUUUGUUAUUGUUUUUUUUUCUUUUUUUUCUUUUUUUUGUCCUGUGAAGGUAUGCUAAAUGUGCACCUCUGUAAAUAUUCCCUCUGCGUGCUCUGAGGAAUAGUUCCCUGGUACUGUAAUUUGCAUUAAAUAAAGAGUAGGAUAGCCUGGAAAUGAUAAA